AUGUCCAACCCCCGCGUCUUCUUCGACAUCACCAUCGGCGGUAACGCUGCUGGCCGCAUCGUCUUCGAGCUCUACUCGGACGUUACCCCCAAGACCUGCGAGAACUUCCGUGCUCUCUGCACUGGUGAGAAGGGUAUGGGUGGCUCGGGCAAGCCCCUCCACUACAAGGGCAGCUCCUUCCACAGGAUCAUCCCCGGCUUCAUGUGCCAGGGUGGCGACUUCACCCGCGGUGACGGCCGUGGUGGCGAGUCCAUCUACGGUGCCAAGUUCGCUGAUGAGAACUUCAAGAUCAAGCACUCUGGCCUCGGCACCCUGUCCAUGGCCAACGCUGGUCCCAACACCAACGGCUCGCAGUUCUUCAUCUGCACUGCCGAGACCUCGUGGCUCGAUGGCAAGCACACCGUGUUCGGCAAGGCCAUCGAGGGCCUCGACGUCAUCAAGGCCAUGGAGAAGGUCGGCUCCCAGUCUGGUGCCACCGCCAAGAAGGUCACCAUCGCCGACUGCGGCCAGCUCUAA